GGAGAGGAGAGCUUCGGUCCGGACAGCCCGGAUCAGCAGCAGCGCCGUCCGUUCAGCACCACCGCAUGUGCCCGUGUGCAGGACCAGGCAUUACCUUGGGAAAGGGCGCGUGUGUGUUCGUCCCGGUGGAGCAAACACAAUCAAAGGUCUUGCUGCUCCAAACGGACGAGCCAGAGCCGGAGCGCCGUGGCCGGUGGCAUGGGGAGCGGGGAGCAGAGCGGUCUGACGGAGCUCUGCUUUUAGCAGCCAGCUGCGCACCGAGCCACUCUCCCCCCUCCCUCACUCCCUUCCCUCCCCACAAUCCCCGCUCUCCUAGUACCGAGCAUUCGCUGAAACCGGGACUGGGCUCCUCGCGGCUGCUUCGUCUAGCAUCCAGCUCGGAGGUUUGACACAAGCAGAGUGAUUCUCCGUUUCUGGAGCGGGGCCGCUGGACUCUAAAGUUGUCGUGGGUCUCUGCACGGACUCCAGUUUUACUGAUUGUGGGCUCGGCUCCUUCUGUCAAGUACAGGCUGAUUGUGCUUGGCGUACUUUCGCUGCACACUUAACCACCUCAUUUCAUUUGAUGAUUACCAACAGUUCAGGGGAUUGCCGUCCAUGGUUUCUGCCCUACUCAAGACUAUAACAUUCUACAUUGAAAAGAUUUGCAAAGGAAUGUUUACAAAGAAACUGGCGAACCCGAUAAAGAAGAAAGAAGGACGUGAAAACAAAGAGCCCAAACUGACCAGUGAUUUGCAAGCACACAAUCCGACUCUGUCGACCACUCUUAAGACUACGGUCCAAACUGUUAAAAAGAUUUCCAAAUGCUCUUCGGCACGUAACAUAUCGCUGGAAGAAGACGACGGGAAGAACGACUGUUCAUCCCUGUCACCCACGUUCAGCUAUCGUGUAGCUAUUGCUAAUGGGCUCCCGAGAAGCACUCUGUUUUUGAACAACAAUGAAAGCAUUUUUCCUGAGGUUGUCUCCGUUGACAGUAGCUACUCUGACUCCUUGAGUGAGACAAAACUUCUCCGGAGACUAGAUGAGCAUAAAUCACACACCAUGCCAGUCAGACGAAAUAGGAAGAGCCUCAUCAGUUUAGCUCCUUCUGAUGGCAGCUCUGAGGGAGAACGGGUGGAACGUUCCAGUUUACACACACUUAGACUGGGUGCUCUACGAAAGUUAAGGAAAUGGAAAAAGAGCCAAGAAUGUGUCUCCUCAGACUCAGAAGUGAGCAACUGGAGGAAAACUCUGGGCAUUCGCAGCAAAUCUUUGGACCGAGCUGGACGGCAGCAAAAGAGCUCAACCCUGGAGCCUGGGUCCUCCUCCACUGGUUGCAUCAGCCAGACCCAGGAUGUGAUGGAAAUGAUCUUUAAGGAGCUUCAGGGGAUUAGCCAGAUUGAAACAGAACUAUCUGAGCUUCGUGGCCAUGUCAAUGCCCUGAAGAGCUCCAUUGAUGAGAUCUCCAGCAGCGUGGAAGUAGUUCAGAGUGAGAUUGAACAGCUUCGCUCAGGAUUUGUUCAGUCAAGAAGGGAAACACGAGACAUCCAUGACUACAUUAAGCAAAUUAGCCAUCAGGCCAAUAAUUCAACCUUGCGGUUCCUCAAUGUUCCCGAAGAACGUUCAGAGAAAACAGAAAGUGUCGUUUAUAAAAUCCUUAAAGACAAAAUGGGUUUCAUUGAUGCUCAUAAAACAAGUAAAAUUGAACUGGCUCACAGACUAGGACAACAAAGAGAAUGUUCAAAUGCUAAACCUCGUCCUAUUAUUGUUAUUUUUGCAACACCCCAAGAUAGAGAUGUAGUCUUAAAAAAGUGCUAUAAACUUAAAGGGACCGGGAUUACCGUCUCUACUGAUAGUUUACCAAACGAUGGAAAAGAAAGGAAAGACAAAGCGAUGACAUCGUCACAAACCUACGAAAGUAUGGACAUAAAGGUCUCAGGAAAAGACAAGUUGGAGAGUGAUGACUGGGACUCGAUGGACAGUGAUAAAGAACUAGAUGAAUUAAGUAAAAAUAAAUAUGCAAUGGUCAUUUCAAAACCAGUUCACAAGUCCAAAUCAGAAAAAAGGCGCUCCCAUGACCACAGCCGCUCAGUAGAGGAGACGGGCUACUCAGGCACAGUCCAUUAUGCUGAUGAUUCCUACUAUGACCCUGACAAACAUGCUAAAACCUACUAUUCUGAUCUGACCCCCGGCUGGCUUUCUCAAAGUGACUAUUCAACCCCAAAACUCAGUCGUUCUGAGUCUGAUUGUUCAAAACUUUGCCAAUCGUACUCAGAAGACUUUUCAGAAAGUCAGUACUUUACACGGGCCAAUGGCUGCUCCCUGCUGUCUUCUUCUGAUCAGGAACUUUGGCAGCGAAAACAAGAGGAUAUGGCUUCUUCCUGGUAUGCGAGUCCCAGUCACCCUUCAAAUCAUGGCAAUCCAGCUUAUGAACACAAUGAGGUCGAAACUACAGAAACGAUUGAUAGUGGAGUCAGCAACGGGCUUGUCUGCAUGUCUGGGGAUAGAAGCCACUAUAGUGGCUCACAGGUCUCUUUGCAGGGGGAUCUGUCACCAUGGAAAGACUGGCACCACCUUGAGCAGGGAGCAGACUCAGGUUUGGAGGCUUCUAUAGAGGUUAGCAGCCCCUUUGACCCAUCAACCAUCCCAGGUUUUCCAGAAAACAUCACUAAAUGCCAGGAGGUUGAUUUGCAGUUUGAAGGAGAUGAGGAGUUCAUGAUGCUUGAUAGAGAAACCUCUUUACCACAUAUAACCACCCAUAUUAUUCCUUCAGUCACAGAACGAGAAUCUGUCAAGGCCUCUACACGGCAGCCUAAAGAGGGAUGCAAGGCAAUUACAAAAGAAAUCACAAGGGUGUUACCAAAAGAUGCCCCUAAAGUUCCUGCUAAAGUGCCACCCAAACAGAGUAAGGCGGCUUCUAAAGAGGAAACCUCUAAAAUGUUCCCCAAAGAAAAUUCUAAGGUAUCUGCUAAAGCUGUGUCUAAAGUGACAUCUAAAGGCUCCUCUAAAGAGUCACUUAAAGAAAUAUCUAAACCAGUUGGUAAAGAAUGUGCUCAAGUACUCUCUAAAGAUGGUCCUAAACAUCCACCCAAAGAUUCUGCUAAACCUUUAGCCAAGGACGCGUCUCAAGUCACUCCCAAGUCAGUAACUAGUGAGGCUGUCAAGGCCCAGUCUAGAGUGGCCCCAAAGGAGACGCCUGUAAUUACUCCUAAAGAAAGUCCUAAAGAACCACCAAAGGAGAGCCCAAAAACAACUCCAGUUGACACUCCUGUCUUGACCCCCGACUCGACCCCCAGAGAGUCACCUAAGGAGUCCCCUAAAGCCAUUUCUAAGGAAAUGCAGAGGGUUUUCCCUAAAGAAGGCGUGAAAGUUACCCCUAAAGAUCUUCCCAAAGAAGCUUCAAAAUCACCUCCCAAAGAGGUCCCAAAAGAGGUACCCACUGUAGCAUCUAAGGAGACAACUAAAGUAGCCACUAAAGAAGUUUCUAAGGUUCAACCUAAAGAAGCUUCAAUAGUAGUCCAAAAAGAGACCUCCAAAGAGCCAGCUAAAGUAGCUCCAGCAGAAGUCCCAGCAGUAGCAUCUAAACCAGACUUUAAAGGUAUUCCACAAGACACUCCGAAAGCAGCCCCUAAGGAAAAAUUCCCUGAGCUAGAUGUUAAUCACAGCUUUCACCAAUCCCAGAGCAAAUCCUCAAGUAUGUAUCGCAGCCAGAGUGAAAUUCGAACAGAGAAGGUUGAAGAGGUUCCUAAGUCUUGGAGCAGUAGACUUAGCAUUGAUCUGAGUGAAAAGUCGUUCGGGUUCGGCUUUGGGUCUACUCUUCAGAGAGCUAAGUCAGCUCUUGAGGUUGUUUGGAAAUCUGGCGGUCAGACUACCCCUGUUCCUCCUGAGGAACCAACCAGCUCCUCUUCCUCCUUCAUGGGGCGCUUCCGCACCCUGUCCACCUCCACUGCAAACACCCCCAGCACUACCACAGACUCAAAUUCCCAGUCAGAGCUGCUCUUCUACAAGGCAGAGGAAGAAAUGAACGACGUAGAAGCAGGAGAACAAUCAGAAGACAGUGAGACCCACUAUGUUGAAGUGAUGGAGCAAGUACUUGCAAACCUGGAGAACAGGACUAAUGCUAAUGAAACUACAGAGACUGGUGAGUUUGAGCAGGAGUGUGAGAUUUCUCAGGACUAUGUGUUUGAAGACACUGAGGCUUCUCCAGACAACGAGCCCCCUCAGGAAACGAAAACUUCACAAGAUGUUGAAGCACCUGAUGAGUAUGAGGCAGGCCAAGUGGCCCAGGUGUUGGAAUACGAUUACAGUUUGGAUGAGCAGUAUGAUGAAGAGUACAGCGAGGAUUAUGAAAACCAACUCACAGAAGACACUGCUGAAUAUGAUGCAAUGGUUGAGUAUGUAGAUGUCGAAGAACCAGACGAUACCGAGGACAACGAUGUGACUGAGGAGAUGGAAGAGGGUAUAGAGGAACUGGAAGAGGUGGAGGAGAUAGCAGAGGAGGCUGCUGAGAUAAUUGAAAAAGAUGAUCAACAGCAGGUGGAUGAAAACAAAAAUGUUCCAGAAAAGAAACUAGUGGAGGAACCUCCCAAGAAGCGAGUCCGUCCCUCGUUCAAGGAGGCAGCCUUGAGGGCUUACAGGAAGCAAAUGGCUGAACUGGAGCAGCAGAUCCUGGCAGGAGACGCCGGUGCUUUGGAUUCUCAGCCACGCAGCAUAUUGGACCCCAAAGUGCUCGGUUUGCAGUCUGGAGGGGCUGGCAGUAUUCUUUAUGGGAUUGACAGCAUGCCAGAUUUACGCCGCAAAAGGACAGUGCCUCUUGUCCGGGACCUGACCCUCACUGCUCGAAAGGCAGGCAUCUCGUUUGCUCUGGUGAACCGGUCCACCCUGAAUAACGAGGAACUGAAACUGCACGUCUUCAAGAAGACUCUCCAGGCCCUGAUCUACCCAAUUUCAUCCACAACGCCCCACAACUUCGAGGUGUGGACGGCCACCGCCCCCACCUACUGCCAUGAGUGUGAGGGGCUGCUGUGGGGCAUCGCCCGCCAGGGCAUGCGCUGCUCAGAGUGCGGCGUCAAAUGCCACGAGAAGUGCCAGGACCUGCUCAACGCCGACUGUUUACAACGAGCCGUGGAGAAAAGCUCCAAGCAUGGAGCCGAGGACAAAACCCAGAACAUCAUCAUGGCCAUGAAGGAGCGCAUGAAGAUAAGGGAGAAGAACCGCCCGGAGGUCUUCCAGGUGAUUCAGGAGAUGUUCCACGUCUCCAAGGAAGAGUUCGCUUCCCAUCUGAAGACAGCCAAGCAGGCGGUUCUGGACGGGACCUCCAAAUGGUCCGCCAAAAUCAGCAUAACAGUCAUGUGUGCUCAGGGUCUUCAGGCCAAGGACAAGACCGGCUCCAGUGACCCGUACGUCACCGUCCAGGUGGGAAAGACAAAACGCAGGACCAAGACCAUCUUUGGUAACCUCAACCCGGUCUGGGACGAGAAGUUCUACUUCGAGUGUCACAAUGCAACGGAUCGCAUAAAGGUGCGCGUUUGGGAUGAGGACGAUGACAUCAAGUCACGCGUGAAGCAGCAUUUCAAGCGUGAGUCGGAUGAUUUUCUGGGCCAGACCAUCAUCGAGGUCCGCACGCUCAGCGGGGAGAUGGACGUUUGGUACAACCUGGACAAAAGAACGGAUAAGUCUGCCGUGUCUGGAGCCAUCAGACUUAAGAUCAGCGUGGAAAUGAAAGGCGAGGAGAACGUGGCUCCGCCCCAUGGCCAGUACACCUGUUUACACGAGAACUUGUUCCACUACCUGACUGAAGUGAAGAGCAGCGGGGUGGUGAAGAUCCCACAGGUCAAGGGGGACGACGCGUGGAAGGUCUACUUUGACGACGUGUCUCAGGAGAUAGUGGAUGAAUUUGCCAUGAGAUACGGGGUGGAGUCCAUCUAUCAGGCCAUGACGCAUUUCUCUUGCCUGUCUGCCAAGUACAUGUGUCCUGGUGUGCCAGCAGUGAUGAGCAACCUGCUCGCCAACAUCAACGCCUACUUCGCCCACACCACCACCACCACCACCACCACCGCCUCUGCUUCAGACAGAUUUGCUGCGUCUAACUUCGGGAGGGAGAAGUUUGUCAAACUACUGGAUCAGCUGCACAACUCGCUGAGGAUCGACCUUUCUAAAUACCGGGCAGGAAACCCAGAACGUCUCCAGGAUCUCAAGUCCACCGUGGAUCUGCUUACAAGCAUCACCUUCUUCAGGAUGAAGGUGCAGGAGCUCCAGAGUCCACCGAGAGCCAGCAUGGUGGUGAAGGACUGCGUGAAAGCUUGCCUCGACUCAACGUACAAAUACAUUUUUGACAACUGUCAUGAACUUUACAACCAGCUUCUUGACCAGAGUCGGAAGCAGGAUCUUCCCCGAGAGGAGCAAGGUCCUUCCAUCAAGAAUCUGGACUUCUGGCCAAAACUCAUCACCCUCAUGGUGUCUGUAAUCGAUGAGGACCGCACAGCCUACACGCCGGUCAUCAACCAGUUUCCACAAGAGAUGAGUGUGGGGAAGAUCAGCGCUGAAAUCAUGUGGAGCCUCUUUGCCCUGGACAUGAAGUAUGCCAUGGAAGAGCACGACAAGCACCGCCUAUGCAAAAGCACAGAGUACAUGAACCUCCACUUCAAGGUCAAAUGGUUCCAUAAUGAGUAUGUUCGUGACCUACCGGCCUUCAAAGACGUUCCACCGGAGUAUUCGCUGUGGUUCGAGCCGUUCGUCAUUCAGUGGCUUGAUGAAAACGAAGACGUCGCCAUGGAUUUCCUCAAUGGAGCUCUCGAGAGGGACAAGAAAGAUGGAUUCCAGCAAACCUCGGAGCACGCCCUGUUUUCCUGCUCAGUGGUGGAUGUGUUCACUCAGCUUAACCAGAGUUUUGAGAUUAUCAAGAAGCUGGAGUGCCCGAACCCACAGGCCCUGGCUCACUUCAUGUGCCGCUUUGCGAAGACUAUCAACAAAGUUCUUUUGCAAUAUGCUGCAAUCAUUUCCAAGGACUUCCCGUUAUAUCUGAAUAAGGAGAAGGUGCCCUGCAUCAUUCUUAACAACAUUCAGCAGCUUCGUGUCCAGCUGGAGAAGAUGUUCGAGUCCAUGGGUGGAAAACAGGAGGAGGGGGUUGUCUCCUUCUGUAAGCUGGAUGCAGAGGCCAGUGAUCUGCUGAAGGAGCUGCAGAAUAAACUCAACACGGUUCUGGACGAACUCAGCGGAGUGUUCGGCUCCAGCUUCAAACCUGUCAUCGAGGACUGUGUGAAGCAGAUGAACCAGGAGCUGGUUCAGAUGAAAGGGCCCAUCAAAGGGAGCAACCCCGCCAUGGACGCCGAGACGGUCCUACGACCUCUCAUGGACCUCCUGGAUAAAAACCUGAUGCUGUUCGCUAAGAUCUGCGAGAAGACGGUUCUGAAGAGAGUUCUCAAAGAGCUUUGGAAGAUUGUGCUCAACAGCAUCGAGAGGACGAUUGUUCUUCCUCCGCUGAGCGACCAGAGUCAACAGGGAGCCCAGAUGAUCUUCAGCGCUGCCAAGGACUUGGGCCAGCUGUCCAAGCUGAAGGAGCACGUCAUCCGAGAGGAAGCCAGAAGUCUGACGCCGCGCCAGUGUGCCGCCUUGGACCUCGUGCUUCCCACCAUCAAGCAAUACUUCCACGCCGGAGGAAACGGUCUCAAGAAAACGUUCCUUGAAAAGAGUCCCGACAUGAAGUCCCUGAAAUACGCUCUCAGCCUUUACACUCAGCCCACAGAUGCCUUGAUCAAGAAGUACAUAUGCACCCAAACCUCUCAAGGUCAGUCAUCCAAUGGAUCUGUGGGGGAGGCGUCCAUGCAAGUGAAUCUCAUCUCUCACCCGGGCACAGGAGAGCACAAAGUCAGCGUGAGGGUGGUAGCAGUGAACAACCUGAUGUGGCAGACCAAUGCCAUGUUCAGGCCCUUCGUCGAGGUCAACGCCAUCGGUCCGCACUUGGCUGACAAGAAGCGUAAAUUCAGCACCAAGACCAAGAAUAACAACUGGUCACCAAAGUACAACGAAACAUUCCAAUAUGUUCUGAGUAACGAGCACGGUCCAGAGGCCUACGAGCUGCACGUCUCAGUAAAGGACUACUGUUUUGCCCGUGAGGACCGAAUCAUCGGUAUGACAGUCAUCCAGCUGCGAGAGCUGGCCGAGAAAGGCAGCUGCUCCGCCUGCUACCCGCUGGUGAAGAGCAUCUCCAUGGACGAAACAGGCCUCACCAUCAUGAGGAUACUGUCUCAAAGGACUCACGAUGAGGUGGCCAAAGAGUUUGUGCGUCUGAAGACCGACACACGCUCUGCAGAGGAAGUGUCGUAAUGUGGAGCCAACAUGUGGUGUUAAGAGUUGUGUUUGCUGUGAGAGCGAGCGGCGGAGGGCAGCCGGGGGUCGGGACCGACGUUGGUCUGAGUGAGUUUGUCCAAAGAGUAGCAAAAAAGGCCCAAAUGUGGCGAGGCAGCAAGAGUGAGAGUUGUGUUUGUUUGUUUUUUGUGCAUGUGCGUAAAACAUCUGUUGGAAUGUUCACUUUAAACUAAAGUAUGUACAAGUGUUUACUUACCGUAUGCUCACUAUUAAGUACUAUAUUCUACAAGUUAUUGUAAUGAGACAUGAAACCUUUUGUACAACAUUUAGUCUUUUUGAGCAGAAAUUUGUUCCAAUAAAGUGCCAAACCAGUGAAAAACAAACAAACAAACAAACAAAAAAACAGAAUUGACGUAAAUGAAUAAUGGUGAAGUUGGUAUGUUUGAAGUUUGCUCGAUUCUUUUGUCCGGUGUAAAUCAUUCUGGCCGUGUAGCGUUUCGAUUGUUGCAGAGCUGUUUCUUUAGUUGUUCUGGCUUCGUGUUCCUCCACACAGUCAUGUCGCUCCCGUCCGUUCACAGUGGCCGCUGAGCACGGCUCCGCCCCCUUGCCUUUAAACCGUUUGUAUUUGAAGUCGACCUGAAAGCAGACCGUGUUUUUUAUGGCGAUGACUGCUAUGUGACCCUAGUAGAUGUUUGUAAUUUUAUAAUCAUGGAAACGACGGCAGCCUCCAGCGCUACAGCAGAGAGAGUCUUUUGUUCGGUGUUUGGUUCAUUUUUACUUCCAGCCUUCCUGAACAACCACUGUGAACAUGAGCUUUGGAAGGCAAGCUUACACGACAUCAUUGACAGUUUGAGUUGAGUGUUUUAUACUUUUUCCAAUAACUUUGUUUUCGAUAAACUGCCAAAGUUAUAUAAAGUAUUUGUACAAAGAAAUCCAUUACGAAGAUAAAAGCGUGUGUGUACAUCUGAUCUUACUUUUUCAUUGCUUGAUAUUUGUUAAUAAGGUGGUUUGAAGAUCUUUUUCAUUUCCUGUAAAUCUGUUAAAGACAUGAGCGUUGCACAUGUUCAUUUACACGUCCGUUACAUCAGCUUUUAUCAUUGAAAUUAUUUUUCUUCAUAAAGGAAAGAGUCUAACAUUUGGUAAAUAUGCAACAUUCCUAUGUAUUGCACUGAUGGCAAAUCAUAUGUCAUGUAAAUAUAUUUAGUGAGAUAUUGUAAAAGAGUCUACUUUUCUUCUAUGUGCAUAAAGUAUGUGCAGAUGUAUGAAA